AUGUCAAACGGUGGUCAGCAGAGGCUGUCACUGCACCUGGCAGUGGUGCUGCUUGCAGUGUACCACACUUGCAAGGCAGAGCGUGCGCCGCGAGCGAUACAGUUCAGCUCGAAUCAAAACUAUGCUGUAUUUGGAUCUCCAAUUUCUGCUAACCUCGACGAGGACGGAUAUUUCUACCCUAAGCCGAAGAUCCCCUUCCCCCCGCCACCACCACCGCCGCCUCCGACCAGGCCACCGCCACCACCACCGCCGCCGCCAACCAGGCCACCUCCGCCACCGCCACCGCCACCAACCAGGCCACCUCCACCACCACCACCGCCGCCGACUAGGCCACCACCUCCACCGGUCACAAGACCGCCAAUAACUCAAGCUACUGGAUAUUAUUAUGACACUCCGCGCAUACCAUUUGAGAUACCUACUACUAGAAGACCACUGCCUCCCCCGACGACAAGGAGACCCCCACCCCCUCCACCACCUCCACCAACAAGGCCACCACCACCUCCUCCCCCGCCUCCAACUAGACCACCAAUAACUACAGGAUACACAUACCAAACCCCACGCAUCCCUUUCCCGCCACCAACAAGGCCUCCGCCUCCACCUCCACCUCCGCCUACUAGGCCACCACCACCACCAACAACAAGAAGACCUCCUCCCCCUCCACCACCGCCACCAACUAGACCACCACCCCCACCUCCACCACCACCUACGUCUAGACCUCGUACGACAGGAUAUGUAUACGAAACACCGCGCAUACCUUUCCCACCACCAACAAGGCCGCCACCUCCUCCUCCUCCACCACCAACUAGGCCACCGCCACCACCAACAACAAGGAGACCUCCUCCACCUCCACCACCACCCCCAACAAGACCACCACCUCCUCCACCACCGCCACCAACUAGGCCUCCACCACCUCCCACGACAAGGAGACCCCCUCCACCACCGCCACCUCCCCCAACUAGACCACCAACUUUCAGAACAACGGGUUACAGUUACCCAACCCCACAAGUGCCUUUUACUUAUCCAACAACAACCAGAAGGCCUUACAUUCCACCUGUAACGCAGCCGACCACACGUAGAACAUUUCCUCCAGUAACAUACCUGCCUCCGACUACGACAAGGAGACCUCCUCCACCACCACCACCGACCAGGCCACCGACACCUCCACCCACUAGACCCCCGACUUACAGAACACCCUCGACAUAUCUGCCACCUCCUCCACCAACAAGGCCUCCUACUCCUCCACCAACAAGGCCACCACCUCCACCUCCCACGAGGGCUCCUUCUACAUACUUGCCUCCUCCACCACCUACAAGGCCUCCAACACCACCUCCAACUAGACCCCCACCUCCUCCACCACCUCCAACGAGACCUCCGCCACCUCCACCACCACCACCAACUAGGCCACCACCUCCAGUGACACCACCACCAUUCAGGACAACAGGCUACGACUACCCAACACCUAAAGUGCCAUUUACUUUCCCAACGACGGCUAGACCGCAGACCCGGCCUCCAAUUUACCUGCCACCCAGUACCACACGGGCACCGAUCUAUAUUCCUCCUCCAACGACCAGAGCGCCAGUAUACAUUCCUCCCCCAACAACGAGAGCGCCAGUAUACAUUCCUCCUCCUACGACCAGACGGCCUGUGUACAUCCCUCCCGCAACAACUCGGCCACCGAUCUACAUUCCCCCUUCAACAACACGAGCGCCUCCUGUAUACAUCCCUCCCCAAACAACAAGGGCUCCAGUCUACAUUCCUCCCCCCACCACGAGUAGACCAUACACGACUCGACCGCCGUUCGUCGAAGACAAGGGCUAUUUCUACGACCGACCAUUGGUACCAUUCGUAUUUUAAUUAAGUUUAGUGAUGUAGAAACCUGACGCAUCAUUUAAAAAGUGAUUUAAUGUCACACGCUCUAUUGUUUGUAGUUGCAAUCCCAAUUCGUGCAAGUGUAAUUUUUCUUGUGGAAAAAGUAUUAAUUUAUACGAAAUUGGAAUUGCAACUACUGACAGACGUAAUUUGUUAGUAGUCACAGAAACGGUAAUAUUUCAUUAUCGACAUUAAAUUAGCAAAUACAUUAAGUUAACGAAUUUAGCAAAUUAUCUGGCUCUAACAAAUCAUUUGAAUUGUCACGCUAAAUUAGAUCUUUAUUUACAUUUUACUACAAAUUGUAAUUAUUAAAAUUGUUACAUACCUAAUAAUAGUAAUUGAUGCGAUCAGGUAUUAAAUAAGUUGCCAUAAAUUGUGAUACCAAACGAGUACUACGUACUUACAGUCGCAAUAAUACUAUAAUAAUACUUUGUUAAUAACUGUUUGUUUAUGUAUUAUAGUAACUAGUUAUAUAUAUUGUAACGGUAAUACUCAUAAAAAUCGAAACGCGGAAACACUGCCUUCAACUAAUUCUACGUUUAAGAUUGUAAAAUAUUUUUUU